AUGCUAUGUCCAGCAGACAUAUACUUUAUGAAUGAGGACGAUCUAAAUGAGAUACUAGAAAGUGAAAAGGCCAGCUUAAGUGGACAUGAGGAUAAACUUUCUAGUGAUAUUACAGAUACCGAAGACAAUUUGAGCAUCGAGUCAGACGGAAACAGCUUCGAUUCGAGAAGCGAUGACGAGGCGUGGCUUAGAGAACAUGAGGAUGUACUUUCUAGUGGGUUUACAGAUACCGAAGAUGAUUUGAGCAGCGAGUCAGACGGAGACAGCUUCAAUUUGAAUAGUGACGAGGAAGCAUGGCUCUGGGUACCUGGGAUCGAUUUUCGCGACUUCAAAUCUGACUGGUUUUUAUUGCGAAUAAAACUGUGGAGAGAACUGGGUUACGGAAAAGACCGGUUUCUUAAUGAUAGGAUUCAACAUAUAUGGCAGAGAAGUUUUGAAAUCGAGACUGUUGGCUGGCCUGUUUUACCCCUAGGAAUUCUUGCAGAUCCACAGUCAUGUUAA